AUUUCCUAUUGGUUUUUCGAGCUAUAAAGAUCUAUCUGCAUUUAUCUGAAUUUAGCUGUGGUUCCUGAAGGAUUCAGCAAGACUAAAUUCACGUCAGCAGUCAAGGAUAGCAAUUGAGGAUAGCAAUUUUCUUGCGCAGAAUUCAGCAAAAUGUCCUGCGCAUCAUUCCUGCGUAAUGCCAGACCAAAAUCCAUGAGCCGUGCGAAGCAGUGGACUGACGAGGUGGAAAACCUGUACAGGUUUCAGCAGGCGGGCUACCGGGAUGAGCUAGAGUAUAAACAAAUAAAACAAGUGGAUCUGGUCGAUCGAUGGCCUGAAACUGGCUUUGUGAAAAAGCUUCAGCGGCGAGACAACACGUUUUACUACUACAACAGGCAAAGGGAAUGCGAGGACAAGGAGGUCCAUAAAGUGAAAGUGUAUGCGUACUAAGCCACUUGCUUCUGCCAGGCUAUUUAUAUUUGUAAUGCUCUUAUUUUAGACACAUUAACAGCAGUGUGUGUGGACAAAAGGAUAACCUGUGAAUGAAACAAGAUUGCUGUAAACUGGAAUAAAACUGAAAAUGUGUCAUUUUUUGAUAAGUAACAAAAUAUGUGCAGUUUACUUUAAUAAACAUUGUGAAAUUCAAGU